AGUGACGGUGAUUGCGUCAUCAAGCCGCGCCGCUGCGUGUUGUUGUGUUUGUCAAAGCAAGUUCUCGGCGAAGGCAGCGACGGAAGACUCAACUUUCUGGACGAGAAGUGUGCAGGUGCUGUGAAACUGAAUGAAGUGCUGCCCCCUGCUGGACGGUAAAGUACUGCCGCUGCUUCCAGGAUGGGCCAGCAAAUCUCAGGUCAGAUAAACCAUCUGCCUGAGAAGCUGGUGAAACAUGCUGGACUGGUCCGAGACGGUGGCUACCUGACCUACGAGGAGUUCUUGGGCAGAGUAGCUGAGCUCAAUGACGUGACGGCCAAGCUAGCUGCCGGGCAGCAGAAGCACCUUCUGUUUGAGGUCCAGCCCGGUUCUGAUGCCUCGGCCUUGUGGAAGGUGGCCGUCCGGAUCGUCUGCACCAAGAUAAACAAGGAGAACGGCGUGGUGGAGGCGUCUCGCAUCAUGAACCUGUAUCAGUUCAUCCAGCUGUACCGGGACAUCACCAGCCAGGCGGCCGAGGUUCUGUCAGCAGAGGGCGCCGUCAGGGGCUCGUCCGCCCAGCUGCCCUCCACCGACUCCUGCCAGGCCAGCAUGUGGAUGGGGAGGGUGAAGCAGCUGACCGACCAGGAGGAGUGCUGCAUCUGCAUGGACGGAAAGGCUGACCUCAUCCUGCCCUGCGCUCACAGCUUCUGUCAGAAAUGCAUCGACAAAUGGAGCGGCCGCAGCCGGAACUGCCCCAUCUGCCGGCUGCAGGUGACGGCUGCCAACGACUCGUGGGUGAUGUCCGACUUCCCCUCAGAGGACGAAGUGGUCAGCUACAUCCUGAACCUGGCCGAUGAGGCGGGCCACCCACACCAGCCCUAACACGCCGCGCACAUUUUCCAGUCGACCUCCAAUCUUUAAAAAGUCUGAUCUACCGAUUCUGAUUUUGGACGAUUAUUUAUUUUAUUUUUUUUUGUCUGAGAAGUUGCUAAAUGUAGCGACAAAGUUGCUGAGCAACGGGAGAACGACCUAAAAGCCCCAAAUGAAGGCCGUUCAUGCUUCCAUUAGGUCCUGUUUUCUGUUUCCUGCUGAGUUGUAAUUGUUCAGGCCGGGUUCUGCUGAGCUGCGGCGCCACUGAAACCAGUCCUGGCAGAAACCUGAUGUUGCCUUCACUGCCCUCUAAAACAGGUGGCAAUAUUUGGGAGCAUAUAUGUGAGAUUUAAAGUGAUAUUUUCCCCACACAAAAGAAAAGAAGAUAAUCUUGGUUUUUCCUUUUCUUUUCCCCCCGCAAAUCAAAAUCACUUUCCUGUUUUCUGAACUUUCGAAGAGAAGUGGUCUAGUCAAAUUUUUUUCCCAUCUGCAAAGCCCUGCAUGCUUGUUCCCCACUCAGUCCCAAAUGAGCUCUGGGAUGAGAAACUGUGAAGGAACAUGAUUCAGAUGACAUGACAGCUUCCCUCACUCUGAUAAAAUCCUACUUUGCUUUCUAAGAUGUUCUUUUCAUUGUACAUAGAAAAAUGUGUUCUAUAUUGUUGCAUAAAAAUAAAUGAAUUCUCAUCUCCGCAUAAAUAUGUUUGAAUGAGCAAAUCUGUUGUUGUUUUCUCAUGUCCGCUGGUGCCACGUUUCCUUUGAGGCAGAAAUUCAUUGGGUUCUGUUUGAGUAUUGGUUCUGGUUCUGAGUGCUUCCUGCUCUCGGGUUAAUAAUUAACUGUGAUUUAUGGGGAGACCGUCCGACCUUAGCUUGACAAUUUCACAAAUUCAAACCGUACUACGAUGGCUUGUCGUAGAAGAUGGAGUGAGGAGUAAGUUAAACUCAGAAACUUUCUCGAGAAAGUGAGCACAUUUCUGUGUUUGAAAAGUUGAAGGUUUGCUUGAUAAAACUCGAGAGAUUUUGAACUUAAUCUCAGAAAUGUUCAAGGAAAAGUUUCUUUCUUGGAAAUUUGCCACUUUUCAAGCUCAGAAAUUUGUAGUUUUCGGACGAAUUUCUGAGAUCAGUCUCAGGAAAUUCAGUACAUUUUCAACUUCAAACUCAGAAAUUUGGAAAAAAAAAUUUUCUAAAAAAUUCCUGAGAUUGGUGGAAAUUUACUCCUUUUUUUCUGUCUACAGUUGCCCUAAUAAACCCCUGCAGCAAGUAAAGUCUAGUGUUUAAUAUUGUACUGUCACUUUAAGAACACAUUAAAACCCCUGUAUUAAACCAUUGUUUAAACAUCAUUUAAACAAUAGUUUAUGUUUAAACAUUGUCAUGAACUCAACAUGUAUUGUCUCCCCUUUUAAAGCUUUUAUCAUUAUUUUCUAGUUUUACGCUCAUGUAUUUACUGAUACAUUGUGAAGUUAAUACGUUCAGUAAGAUGUUUCUAUUUCACAAAGACUUUAAUGAAUUCUGUGUUGAUAUGAAUUAGUCAGAAUUUUUUUUGUUUGUGGUUUUUGAUUUGAUCACUCAGCUUUUUCUUUUUUUAAUGUUCUCUUAAAUUAAAAACUUUUUUAUAUUUCUAUUUUAUUUUCUGAAUGUUGGAUAAAGUUGUGAUUUAAUGCAUUUAAUAACUUGUUCAGUUUGCACAUAUCUCUAGGUGGCGCUGCUGCACAUAUCUGACACUAUUGAGUUUUGAUAGGUUUUGCAAACUACUGUAGUUUUCUGGGUUUUUUUUUUGGUAUUUCCACUUUAAGAUUGGAGCAUUUACUGUAAUCCCACUAACUGAAGUACUUUCUUUUUCUUUUUUUUUUGCUGGAGUACUUUCAGUGAUAAUGCUGUAUGUAUGGAUGUGAAUAUAAUGAAAUCGAAGCCUUGUUAAUAAAGAAGCUCGAUUUUGCACAAACUCUC